AGCUGGGGACGUGGACGGAGGUGGGGCAACGUCUCGCGAUAUUUAAUGCUUUAGGAGGCGGAGGGUUGCCCCAGAGACCGAGGAGUACUACUGGAACGCACGCGCUCCUGAAAGUCUCGUGGAGAAACUCAAGAUGGCGGCUGCCCAGGCGGUAGAGGAGAUGCGGAGUCGUGUGGUUUUAGGGGAGUUUGGGGUUCGCAAUGUUCAUACCACUGACUUUCCUGGUAACUAUGCCGGGUAUGAUGAUGCCUGGGAUCAGGACCGUUUCGAGAAGAAUUUCCGUGUGGAUGUGGUACACAUGGAUGAAAACUCACUGGAGUUUGACAUGGUGGGAAUUGAUGCAGCCAUUGCCAAUGCUUUUAGAAGAAUUCUUUUAGCUGAGGUACCAACAAUGGCUGUGGAAAAAGUCCUGGUAUACAACAACACGUCCAUUGUUCAGGAUGAGAUCCUUGCACACCGCCUGGGGCUCAUUCCCAUUCUUGCUGAUCCUCGUCUUUUUGAAUAUCGGAACCAAGGAGAUGAAGAAGGCACAGAGAUAGACACAUUGCAAUUUCGGCUCCAGGUCAGAUGUACCCGGAAUCCCCAUGCUGCUAAAGAUUCCUCUGACCCCAAUGAACUCUAUGUGAACCACAAAGUAUAUACCAGGCAUAUGACAUGGGUCCCCUUGGGGAACCAGGCUGACGUCUUUCCAGAAGGCACUAUCCGCCCGGUACAUGAUGAUAUCCUCAUUGCUCAGCUGCGGCCUGGCCAGGAGAUUGAUCUGCUAAUGCACUGUGUCAAGGGCAUUGGAAAAGAUCAUGCCAAAUUUUCACCAGUGGCAACAGCUAGUUACAGGCUUCUGCCAGACAUCACUCUACUUGAACCUGUGGAAGGGGAGGCAGCUGAGGAACUGAGCCAGUGCUUUUCACCUGGUGUUAUUGAAGUACAAGAAGUGCAAGGUAAAAAGGUGGCCAGAGUUGCCAAUCCCCGGCUGGAUACCUUUAGCAGGGAAAUCUUUCGGAAUGAGAAGCUAAAGAAGGUUGUGCGGCUUGCCCGUGUUCGAGAUCAUUACAUCUUUUCUGUAGAGUCAACUGGAGUGUUGCCACCAGAUGUGCUGGUGAGUGAAGCUAUCAAAGUAUUGAUGGGCAAGUGCCGGCGCUUCUUGGAUGAACUAGAUGCAGUUCAGAUGGACUGAAGUUUGGACCAGAAAUACUGGGAUGUAUGGAGUUGGAUGCUCCUGGAUUCUGACCUGCCCCAAGGGGACUACUAUACUCAGUGUGACUAGGUCUAAUUCCAGCUUUAUUUUCCAUCAGUAUAUUUUGUUAAAUGUGCUACAGAAUGAGACUUUAUGCCUUUGUAAGGCCUUUGAUGUAAAUAAAUUCAUGUCCAAACAAAA